CAAAAAAAAAAAAAAAAAAACAAUUGCCAUGAGACAUUUGAAAGUACUAUUUUAUCUAGCAUUCGUCCUUUUCAUACACGUAAAUGACGCAUACAGAAUCUUGUGCGUAUUCCCGUUCAAUGGAAAGAGCCACUUCCAAAUGUUUGAAGCCCUUUGCAAGGGACUGGCGAAAAGGGGACACCAGAUCGAUAUGAUCAGCCAUUUUCCAUCGAAGAAAUCGAUCGCCAAUUACACGGACAUCAUUGAUUUAACCGGAGUCGGGGAGCAGGUAGUAAACAGUUUCACCGUUGAGUAUGGAAGAAGUAUACAACAAUCGCUCACUUAUCACAUGGCCACGGGUUUUGGUGGUGCUCUCUGUCAUGCAAUGGGCAUCGAAAAGAUGCAAAAAUUCAUUAAAAAUCCACCCAACGAUCCGCCAUACGAUCUCGUCAUUACAGAGUAUUUUGGCUCGCCGUGUUACUUAGGAUUUGGUCAUCUUCUGAAGACACCUGUGGCCAUCGCCGUUUCAUUUCUGUCAAUACCAUACGUAGACGACUUUAUGGGAAAUCCCCUCAGCUACUCCUUUUUUCCCGGUUUCUUCAACGAGAAACCUGUCGUAGACACGUUCUACGAUCGUUUACAGAACUUCUUACUGAAUUAUCCGGAGAUACUGAAGUUCCACUACUACACGUCCGACCAAACCGACAUGAUGAAGAAGUACCUGGGUUUACCCCAUAUACCAAAUGUCCGAGAACUGGAGAAAAACGUGUCGCUGGCUUUAGUAAACUCUCAUCACAAUUUUUAUGGGAUCAGACCUCUUGUAAAUACGGUCGUUGAUGUUGGAGGGUUGCACGUAGAGAAAGACCAACCGAAAUUAUCUCCGGAGCUGAAAAGCUGGCUCGAUUCAGCUGAUCACGGAUUAGUGUACUUCACGUUCGGCUCCAUGCUGAACAUCGAAACGUUGCCAAAAGAGACGCUGUUAAGCUUGUACGCGUCUUUCGCGAAGAUUUCACCAGUGAAGGUUUUAAUGAAGUGUGCCAACACCACGAAAUUACCUCCUAGCCUUCCUAGUAACGUGAUUACCUCACCUUGGAUUCCUCAGGUUGCAGUGUUGGGACAUAAAAAUACGCGAGUAUUCAUUACGCACGGUGGCCUUAUGGGAACCCAAGAAGCGAUCUACCAUGGAGUUCCUAUGAUUGGAAUACCGGUGUUCGCCGAUCAGAUGAAGAACGUCAACAUUUUGGUUCACAAGAAAAUAGCGGUUUUGGUGCCUCUCGAGAAUAUCACCGAGGGUUCCAUGGACGAAGCUUUGAACGCAAUUCUGCAUGAUCGCAAAUACAGCGAAUCCGCGAAAAGGGCGUCGAGGAUAUUCAGAGAUCGUCCAUUAAGUGCAAUGGACACUGCUUCGUUUUGGAUCGAAUACGUGAUCAGAAAUGGACCUGACAGUUUGAAAUCACCUGCGGCCAUUCUACCCUGGUGGAAGCUGAACCUGAUAGACGUAUUUGCCUUCCUAAUCGCGUGUCUCAUCCUCGUGCUUUACGUCCUAGUCGCUGUUUCGAGAUUUCUAUUGAAAAAUCUGUACAACAAUAACGCUCGAACGGAAAAGAAAUUGAAGUGAAUAACACACGGUGGAUGAGAAAAAAGAGAAAUUCAGAGAUUCUACUUUGCCGGUAGAAAUUAGAUGUAAAUUGUGCAACGAGAAGAA